AUGCAGUUCAAGCAGCAGGAGAGCAACGGCCCCGCCGCCGUGCUCGACUCCAAGUCGCAGACCUCUUCCGCCCCCCAGAAGAAGGUCUCUUCCACCCUCCCCUUUGGCCAGCCCGUGGCCCUCUCCUCCAUCUCCGGACCUACCUACGUGACGGCCCAGCUGCUCGUCCAGCAGGUCGCCUUCCUGCUGUCCGACAAGAUCUUCUCUUACUCGGCGCCUACCUUCGACCUCGAUGUUGCCGCAAAGGCCUGGGCCGAGGCCAAGGAGCAGAACAUCCACGGCGAGACUACCGACAUUGUCCAGCUGCAGACGAGGACCGGCGCCGGUGCCCUCGCCCUGGGCUACAUCUUCAGCCCGGACUUUGACCUGGCCAAGAGGCAUCUGCCCCAGACCCUGCUUGCUCCCACCCUGAGCUUGAAGAACCUGCGCGGCGCGUUGGACCAGCUGAGCCUCCUGUACGGAGUUGCCUCUCCCUUUGUUGCGCACGUCGCGGCCCUCGACUACGAUGCCGCCAACGGCCUGGUUUCCGACUACGACACUGCUCUGCGGACCGCCGAGGACCUAGGUCUCGGUCUCGUUGCCAGCUCCAGCGCGUACGAGACGCAGCACAUGGCGCUCUUCGCGACCCUCAUGGCCGCCCUGAUGCCCACCCUGCACAUCUACGACGGUGUCAGGCUCGCCCGCGAGACCUCCCGUGUCGUUGAUGCCCUCAGCCAGAGCGGCAUCGCGGACCUGUACAACAGCAUCACCUCCGAGUCCACCGGCGUUAGCGAGAGAGCCGCCAUCUCCUCCAAGGUCGCCGACCUUCUGGAGGUCUUCAACAAGCACCUCGACCCCACCGAGGACCACGAGAGCCAGCACACUGCGCUCCUGGCCACCCUCAUGACCGCCCUCACCCCCAACCUGGGCGUCGAGGACGGCGUCAAGCUGGCCAAGAAGACCCUCAAGGCCUCCGACGCCCUGAACAAGAAGGGCGUCGCCGAGACUUACAAGAAGAUCUCAAGCGAGGUCCAGUCCCUGAACAAGAGACUCGACGACGCCGGCAAGGUCGUCGAGCUCCUCAAGCUCUUCAACAACGAGCUCGGCACCGCCUACAGCUUGUUCGAGUACCACGGACACGAGGAUGCCGAGGCCGUCCUCGUUGUCUUUGGCAGCGCCGAGGCCCAGCUCGCCAAGCAGGUCGUCAGCCGUCUGGCCGCCGAUGGCGUCAAGGUCGGCGCCAUCAACGUCCGCGUCUACCGCCCCUUCGUCGAGGAGGCCUUCCUUGCCAGCAUCCCCGAGUCCGCCAGGACCAUUGCCGUCCUGGGCCAGGUCAAGGACGAGCUCUCCGUCAACGACGCCUCCCUGCAGUCGGCUCUCUACACCGAUGUCCUGACCUCCGUCUCCUUCUCCGGAAAGUGGCGCCAGGACCCCGCGGUCUCGGACGUCAAGUACGCCGCUUCGGAGGCCCUGACGCCCCAGACCGUCGCCGACAUCUUUGGCAAGCUCGUCAACGCCGACGCCGAGUCCAAGCCCUUCCCCACGCUCGUUCAGGCCCACCAGUACACCUUCUGGGACGUCGACAGCUCCGUCGCCGUCGACUCCCCAGCCGUCGUUAGCAACCUGCUCUCCCGCGAGUCGACCAGCAACGUCUACGUCCACGAGUCGUUCGACAACCUGCUCCAGGGCGGCAUCGUCCGCACGGACAUCCGCAGCUCCAAGAAGGCCAUCGAGGCCCCCUACGCCGUCGAGGAGGCCGACGUCGUUGCCGUCGGUGACGAGAAGCUUCUCAAGGACCUGGACAUCCUCAAGAGCGUCAAGGCCGGCGGCAAGCUGCUCCUCAACCUCCCCAGCUUCAAGGAGGAGGACGUCGAAAAGCGUCUCUCCCCCGUCGUGCGCAAGCAGAUCCAGGACAAGUCCGUUGAGCUCUACGUCCUGGACGCCGCUCAGUCCUCCAUCUCCGAGAAGGAGGCCAAGGCCGCCAAGGUCCUGUUGGAGUUCGCCUUCCUCCAAAUCGCCCGCCCCGACAUCACCGCCGAGGAGGUCGCCAAGGUCGCCCUCCCCGAGGGCUUUGCCGUGUCCCUCACCGAGACCCAGGAGGCCCUCGGCCAGUCCCUGCGCAAGGUCGAGCCCCAGGCCGCCUGGGCCGAGCUCCCCGCGGACGUCGUCGUCAGCCCCCUCCCCGCGACCAUCAAGCCCAACAGCUUCGUCGGCUUCGACAAGGAGGAGCCCGAGGAGAUCUCGCAGCUCGUCGACUGGCAGUCGGCCGCCAAGGGCCUCGUCUUCAAGGAGGCCUACGGCACGCAGACGUCGCUCCGCCCGGAGCUGCCCGUCAAGACGCACACCAUCACCGUCAAGGAGAACCGCCGCCUCACCCCCGAGACGUACGACCGCAACAUCUUCCACAUCGAGUUCGACCUCGGCGACUCGGGCCUCACCUACAACAUCGGCGAGGCCCUCGGCAUCCACGCCGAGAACGACGAGGAGGAGGUCCGCGCGUUCAUCGCCUGGUACGGCCUCGACCCGGAGGCCGUCGUCCAGGUGCCCGCCCGCGAGGACCCGGCCGCCUUCGAGACCCGCACCGUCUACCAGUCCCUCAAGCAGAACAUCGACGUCCUUGGCAAGCCGCCCAAGCGCUUCUACGAGGCCCUGUCCGAGUUCGCCUCGGACGAGCGCGAGAAGGCCGUCCUGGCCAGCCUCGGUGGCGCCGAGGGCGCCGCCGACUUCAAGAAGCGCGCCGAGGUCGAGUUCGUCACCUACGUCGACAUCCUCCAGGAGUUCCCCUCGGCCCGCCCCUCGUUCCACGACCUCGUCCGCAUCAUCGCCCCGCUCAAGCGCCGCGAGUACUCCAUCGCCUCGGCCCAGGCCGUGACCCCCAACUCCGUCGCCCUCAUGAUCGUCGUCGUCGACUGGGUCGACCCCCGCGGCCGCAACCGCUUCGGCCACGCCACGCGCUACCUCUCCUCGCUCCGCGUCGGCGCCACCGUCGUCGCCUCCGUCAAGCCCUCCGUCAUGAAGCUGCCCACCUCCCCCAAGGCCCCGCUCGUCAUGGCCGGCCUCGGCACCGGCUUGGCGCCCUUCCGCGCCUUCGUCCAGUACCGCGCCCUGCAGAAGUCGCGCGGCGAGGACAUUGGCGCCAUCCUGCUGUACCUCGGCUCCCGCCACCAGCGCGAGGAGUACCUCUACGGCGAGGAGUGGGAGGCCUACGUCGACGCCGGCGUCAUCACGCACCUCGGCGCCGCCUUCUCCCGCGACCAGCCCCGCAAGAUCUACAUCCAGGACCGCAUGCGUGAGUCCAUGCGCGACGUCGUGCAGUCCUACAUCCGCGACGAGGGCAGCUUCUACCUCUGCGGCCCCACCUGGCCCGUGCCCGACGUCACCGACGUGCUGAUGGAGGCCAUCAACACCGAGGCCAAGAUGAGCGGCAAGAAGGUCAACGCCCGCAACGAGAUUGAGAAGCUCAAGGAGGACGGCCGCUACGUGCUCGAGGUGUACUAG